AUGAGCCCUCAAGGAAUCACCCGCAAACGACCAGCUCCUGGCACAUCUCCCAUCGUGCACCCGCAACUUGGCCCGCUCACGAAUUAUCCUCAAAAUCCCGGCAACCAGCUGUCGAACGACCAAUUCCUGCAAUGGGGUCAGAAUCCGUCCUCCAACGUCUCCAGCCCGUCCUACCCUGAUGCGAGCUCUUACAACCCGGCGGCGUACACCUCGAACUCAGAUGUCCCGGCCUCCACAGUGACGGCUUCCGGCCAGCUUGCCCGGCGCCAGACCCCCACUCAAUUGGUCAACCGCAGUCGCGGGUAUGACCAGACGUCGGCCUCUUUCUCGGACCAUGGCAGUGGCUCUGGCGAGUCCGGUGGAUGGGGGGAGAGCCUCAGUGAGUUGUAUGAGCGCGCGAUGGUCGCGAAGAGAGAAGUUCAGGCCAAACGAAAACAGAUCCCUCCUUUCGUUCAGAAACUGAGCAGUUUUCUGGAUGAGUCCAAAAACACCGAUCUGAUUCGAUGGUCGGAUGACGGCAACUCUUUCAUUGUGAUGGACGAAGAUGAAUUUGCGAAGACUUUGAUUCCGGAGCUAUUCAAGCACAACAACUACGCUUCUUUUGUUCGCCAGUUGAACAUGUACGGCUUCCACAAGAAGGUGGGGCUCUCUGACAAUUCCAUGCGCGCCAGCGAACGGAAGAAUAAGAGCCCCAGCGAAUAUGCGAAUCCAUACUUCAAGCGCGGUCACCCCGACUUGUUGUGGUUGAUUCAGAAACCUAAAAACGCAGCCGGGCAGGGCAGCAAGGCGGGCAAGGGCAAUGUGCGGGUGAAGACGGAAGAGAUUGAGGAAAAUGAUAAUGACGAGUACGUGGAUGAUGCCUUGGGACCUGCACGAGAUGAUCGAUCGCGCAACCGCCAGCUGUCCUUGAUCACGGGGAGCCUCAUGCCGAAGGAUCAACUCGCGGGGGUGUAUAGAGAGUUGCAAGCGAUUCGCCAACAACAGCAGAUCAUCUCCAACACCAUCACCAAACUGCGGAGGGAACAUGAGCAACUGUAUGCGCAGGCAGCCAACUUCCAAGAGCAGCACACCAGGCACGAGAACUCCAUCAACGCGAUUUUGACGUUCUUGGCGACAGUCUACAAUCGCAGUCUGCAAGGGCAGGAAGGACCGCAAAAUCUAGCGAAUUCGUUUGCUGGGGCCAUCUCCCAGGAGCAUGGCAAUAUCGUUGACAUGGACGAUUACUCACUCGGGUCUCUCGGGCCUACCGACCUGACCAGCCCAACGGGACCGCGGUCGCUGAAAAAACAGCAGCUCCUGCUCAAGGCUCCUCCGGGGCCAGACCGUCAGGGCCGUGCCACGACCUUGUCCCCAGCUUCCACUACCUAUGACCGUUCACAUUCGCGCGGUCAUGGCCGGCAAGCCAGCGCCUCUCAUCCGGGACAUGUCGAAGAGGUAUACGACAACAGUCCUCGGCAGAAGGAGGCGCAACCGCCUCCAGGGUCUCAUGUACCCCAGCGGGACAUCAUGUCAGUCAUUCAAAAUUCCAACGCCCGAAACGGUAUGCCAACGAGUUUCGCCGACUUCCCGAAUGUUUUGUCAUCGCUCGAGACUUCGGGCGGUAACUCGCCACUUACCCCCAGCCAACGCGCCGAUAUGCUUCGCCUCAUGGCCCAUGAGACAGGCUCCGGUGGAGUCAAUGGUGCAUCGUCUCCAAAUAACGCCUUGGUCACCCCGACGCCUCCGCCGAUGCCGCACAACUAUUCCGGUCGGCUGGCCAAUACACGUGCGGAGAUCGACAACCUGGUCAAGAUGCAGGCCGAGCAAGAUCGCUCUGUGCAGAACCUGACCAACCUCUUACAACCCCUCAGCCCUACGGGCACCAUACCCGGAAUCAGCAUAGAUGGCAGUGCGCCCCCUCCCCCACUUGACCUUGAUACUAUCUUCAAUAACGACUACUUCACGGAUAUUGGAGAUUUGGAACAUAAUAAAGCUAGCUUAGGUUAUGGCGAUCCGGCCGGGUCCGUGCCAGCCACAACCGCGGCGGACCCGGUGGUUACCGCCGGUCCCAAUGAUGGUGGGAUCAAGGACGCGAACGAGUUGUUCGACUUCGACAAUCUCCCCGCUGAUAAUGAUCUCUUCGGCGGAGCCAAUCCCCCACCACACAAUCCUGGCUUCUACCAUGGAUUCGAUGGGAGCGGGUACGGCGGAAAUGACCUUCACGCCGGCAUCGGGGCGGAUGGGCCGCUUCCUAACGGCAAAGACGCUAGCAGAGUUGAAUCUUUGCCUGACAGCGAUGCCACCAGCCCUGCUAACACUGUGGACGAGAGCUUACAGUACGGUGGGCUAGACACGGGCAACGAUGCUCCGGGAGGUAAGGGUCUUGGUAGCGGCGUGAAACGGCGCAAGAAGGCUUGA